GUGAACUCGCCUGGCGUCAGUAACCUCUGAAACCUCGCUGGACUGCUCGAUGUUCACGGUUUGUGGCUACAGUUCACAGUCUUAGGAUACCGUGAACUCCCUUGUUUGACCGUGAACUGCGGCUGCUUCCUGGACGCCUGCACUUCACUGUUACGGGGCAAUUGUCACGGUCGCCUUCAUACUUUUCUUUGGUUUUUGCGCUUUUUGACCUUCAAUUAUCCCAAAAUUCGACCUCGACCCUUCCACACAUGCUAGGACCUGAAAUGUAUCAAAACAAUCACAACCUAGCGUGACAUAUUGAUAAGCUGUUAAUUGCACAUGUUUUUACCCCUAUUCUGGAGCCGUUUGAGAUGGUAAUUCUCGUGUUAUAGGACGAUUUCACGCUAGGUUUUGCUUGUUUGUAAUAUUUCAGGUCCUAGUAAGUGAAUGAAGGCUUGGGAGUGAGUUCGGGGUCGAUUGGACGAAGAUCGGGCGCGAGGCAAGUCACAAAGGAAGCCACACGGGCACACUCACAACUCACACGGCCGUGCAAGUGACCAAUUUGGCCGUGUGGGAUUGUGCGAGCCUUCACACGGGCACAAGUAAAAUCCACACGGCCGUGUGAAGUUGCAGUUUGGCCGUGUGGAAUUCUGCGAGGCUUCACACGGCCAGGCUGGGUGAGCUACACGGCCGUGUGGGAAGCCUGAAACCCAAUUACUCGGAACGCGGCGUUUUGACCUCACACGGGCAACUGGGUAUGCCACACGGCCGUGUGGCCUGCCCGUGUGAGUCAGGAAUUUUUGGUUUUUACCCAAUUUCGGGCUGCAAGUGAGGGAAUCGGAUUUUCAGAGCAAAAACAGAGCCCUAGAGAGAGAAAGUACGAAGAACACAUCCUAGAAGCUAUCUUGGAGCUGGGUUUCAUCGAAUCGAGCUUGGAGAUCGUCAUAGGAGUGGAAAUCAUCAUCCCAGAGUAGAUUUUCCUCAUCUUUAUGAGUAUGACUACUCUGUAUUAUGUUUCCCUCUCUCUCUCUAUGGAGUAUAACCCUUCUCUCACUUGGGUAUGAAGAACCCUAGUUCCAUGUGUUAGGGAUUUGAUUGUAAUGACUUGGGAUGAUUAAACUGUUUGGUUUUAAUCGAAUGAUGCAUGUUUAUUGAGUCAAUUGAAGUCUGAUCAGCUUUUCCUGAUUUCUGCUGCAACCUGAGAUAGAUAGAAUCUAAUUAGGUUGUUAGAGCCUCAUCAUUCGGUAGUAGGAGAUUGGCUAUACGAGAGUUAGCCAGUUUACUGCUUUGUACUGGAAUCCAAUUCCAGUAGUGGAGUUCUGUGCUUAUUGCUUCAGCUUUCUAUCCCGGUGAAGACUAGUCGUCUGCCGGGUAGUUAGACUGAGAGAGCUUGGUCAGCUUAAGAGAUUCCAAGCUACUGUCGGAUCUUCCGCAGUCUAAUCAAUAGUAAAUCAACCCAUGGAAAUUACAAUUGAAACCUAACUAAGGAGCUAGGGGGACUCAUUCCCGAGUGACUCUUCUUUGCUUGAGAAAACCGUACUAAUUCCUGCUUUCUUUCUGCUUUUGCUUAAAACAACAAACACUUAACUUAGUUGGCUAGAUAAUAGAUACUCACGGAGUAAGCAGUAGAUCUAGACCCCGGGUUGAUAAUAGAACUUGCCAUUUUACUGCAUUCCCGGACUGCGAUUACACUUGGUCGCAGUUUGGUGUUGUGUUUUGGCGUGUCAAGUAUUUGGCGCUGUUGCCGGGGACUUUCUAGAGUAUUAGGAAAGGCAGAAGUUUGUUACUUUAGCAUUUUUAUUUUCUUUUCUUUUCCACCCUUGCUUUUCACUUGGGUGUUUUUGUUUCUGUUGGUGCAGAUUUGAAUCAUGGAUCCUCAUGGCUUCUCCAAUCAUUGGGGGUAUCCACCACCAUCCGAGUGGUAUUACCCCGAGACUCCCUGGAGCAAUCAAGGAAGAGAAGACUAUGGAUUCGGGUUCCAGUACCAACCCCCUUACUACGGAGAACAACCGGACCCCUGGGCAUAUCAAGAACAACCUCAUUAUCAAGAAGAAUUUCUCCCACAACCAGAAGGGCCAUCGACGCUGGAGUUACCCAUGGCGGCCUUCAUGGGCCUUCUUGCAGAGCCAUGCUACACUCCACAGCCAGAUCCAAACUAUGAAUUGAGGCUUCUCAUGGAGCAGUUUGCUCGAGAUUGUGAGAGAUCAUGCUCCAGGAUGGAUCAUUGUGUCCAGGCCUAUCGUGAAACAGAGGAGAUCCUCCUGAGCCUUAAGAAGAGUGCCGAUGAUCUUGAGCGAUCUUUUGCACAACCUGCUCCAGAUCACCCUUCUGCUACCAUACAAGAAGAGGAGGAGGAAGAAGAAGGCUACAAGGACAUAGUGGAUCACACUGAAGUUGUCACGAAGAGCUCCCGUGAUGAUCAUGAUCAGGAAUGUCAUAUCAUAGCAGACCACACCUUCCCACAUCCCAAACUGAGCUUUGAAGAGGCGGGCAUGAGUGAGGAGAUGCAAGAAGAUCUCAUGAAAGAAAUUGCUUGGAAACUUGCUCUCCAAUCCGUGCUAGAAGAAGAAGAGCAAGAAAGGGUGCAGAAAGAAGUUGUGGAGAAUGACGAAAGUGAAGCAGGAGGAGUUCUUGAUAAUUUCCCAGGGGUGAUACCACAUGAACAAGGAAGGGAGGUUGAAGAAGCAAUUGGCGUCCAGGCUGAGGACGAAGUUGAGGUGGAAGAGGCUUGCACCGGCCAUGAGUUACAUUUAAUAUCUCCAUCAAACUUCGAGGAACUACUUAGCAAGGAUCCAUUUGCAGUGUCUCUUUGCCAUACCAUGGUCACGUCGACAUCGGUCCCUCUUGGUGGACGCGAUGGUGGUCAAUCGAUGCUGUCAUAUCUGGUUUGGGGCAAUGAGACGAGAGAAGAGAAGAAGAGGUCUCGAGGGUGGAGACUUCAUCCGCAUCAAGUGCGCGAGCUUCCAUCACCUGUCAUACCACAUGCUCGUGACUUGAGACUCCACCUCAUUGACGAGAACCUCAACUUCAAGGAGGUUUUGGGGUGGACCGAAACUUAGGAGCCAUCGUCCGGCUCACGACGUGAAAGAAGCGCUUGUUGGGAGGCAACCCAACCAGUCUGUUUUCAUUUCUUUCUCUUUUUCUCCUCUGUUGAGUCAGUUUUGUUAUUUGGUUUUAGAGUCAGUAACUCAACCUUUGUGAGAUUUUAUGUGGUGUUUAUGUUCUGACUACUCUCUCCUCCUGGAAUGCACCGCCUGCCUCGUCCACCAUCAUUCACCCUUGAUCUGGUAACUUCGUUCUACCCUCCUUAUCUUUCCUCCAUUGAGGACAAUGUCGUGCUUAAGUGUGGGGGGAGUUUCGAUUAUGUAUACGGGUGAAUGUUUGGUUGUUUGUGUGCUCGGAGCCUAGUCCACUAUCCAAAUUUUUUGAAUUUGAGGGCUCUAAGUAUGUGUUUCCUUGCAAAUUACCUGCUCAGUAUGCUUUGAAUUGACAGUCUCUAUAGUAAUGUUCAAUCUAGGGAGGUAGUGUAGCACUAUGGAGGAUGUUGAAGUAUAAGAUUUUUCCUAUCUAGCUCUCUACUGUGCCAGUUGAUUUUGUGAAUUAGUGGAGCUAGGACCAUUGAAUUCAUGAGAUAAUGGUGACUCUAUGUGGAUUGUGUUAUGGACUCGUGUAUCGAACAGGGUGCUCAUGUGAAAAAUGAAAUGCAAUUGGUCCU